AUGUUUAAGCCAAUUGCCGGUUUGCUAUUACUGGUCGCACUUUGCGCCGCCGAGGCACCGACGCGUUUCCGCACAGCGGCACGCCGUCCAGCCGGCGCCCGUGUGCGCUUCCUUGCACGCCAGGUGGCCGCACCGGCACCAGCACCCGCGCCAACGGGUUAUCCUGCUGCAGGUGUGACGCCAGAAAUUCCCUUCGACUUGCCCUCAUCAACUGUCAAGCCGGAUGUGACCUACUUGCCGCCAGAUAAUACUUACGGUCCACCGUCACCACCACAACCGGACGCCACCUAUGGCCCACCAUUGCCACACAGCACCUACGGGCCACCGACUGAAGCGCCUGUCACGCCAGAUGCUGUAUACGGUCCACCGGACAACAGCUACUUGCCACCCGAAGAAAGUGUCACCGCACGCGAUGUGGACUUAGCGGUGGAUGUGGCUGAAGAGGCAGAGGAGGCAGCGGAAGAAGAAGCUACUGUUGAAGAGCAGCAGCCCAGUGAACCAGAACCGGAAGUUAGCGUUGAGCCAGCGGUAGAAGUAGAGGCGCCUGCUGAAGAUGAGGGUGAGGAACUUUUCGUUGCAGUCGCUGAGGAUGGCUCCGUCAUUGCGGUGAGCAACUCGUUUGAUGCGCAGGCCGAGGCGGCAGCGCAACAGCCAGCACGUUUGGUCUUCCAACGUUUCCCACAAGGCAGACGCCGAGCACCGGCUAGCGUGCCUGUGCCUGCGCGUUUGAUUAAGGCGCGUCGUGUGGCGCCAGCUAAGUUGCAGCUGUUGCAGCGUGUGCAACCGCAACCAAAGCCGCAGCCGCAAGGCUUCUCCUUCGCCUCGCAAUACACCGCCUGGUAG